GCAGAGAUGGAGUUUCUGCAGAAUCAUCACGCGGUCAACACCUCCGAACCGCCGUACACCCUCGGUACAGGUUCGGUGGGCAGCAUCGAGGCGACGAUCCCGUCCGGGUUGUGUACAGGCGGCGGCCCGACGACGCUGAGCGUGCUCUCCGGCGACGAGGCCGCGUUAACCGUCGACGGCGGCAGCCAGCAGACCGAGGAGGCGGCGGCGGCCGCGGCGGUGGCGGCGGCAGCGGCCCUCGGCGCUCUGCAAGGCACGCUGCGUCUCCAGGAUCUGCAGGACGGCUCGCCGGCGGAUGACAUCGAGCAGCAGCAUCAGCAGCAGCUCUCGAGUGCCGGUCAGGGCCAAGUGAGCGAGUUCGGCGCGAGCUUCUGGGUCGACGACAUGGCGGGCUUUCCGUUGCCCCCGCUCGACCUCGACCCGUUGCCCCCUGGCCUCUUCAGCCCGUGCUCGGGCACGUACAACUGGGGCUGCACGCGCGGCGAUUGCAUGCCGAGGGGCGUAAGCAACGGCGCGAAUGGCGAGGGUGUCGCCGACGUCCUGCUGUCGCUCAAGCACGCGGUGGUGCAUCCCGGCAGUCCCACGGCGGGAUAUUAUUCCACCGGGCCGUCCGCCACCGCCGGCCAUCACUAUUCGCCGCAGGAUUACGUGCAGAAUCUGGGACCCAGCUCGGUGCCGCCGGUCGGCGCCCAUUACGGUACCACGCCGGCUAUGUCCGUCAACGUCUCCAUGAACAUGACGAUGAACAUGAACAUGCACUCCGGGUACGAGCAGAGCUAUUCGUCGGCGUGGGGCGUGGAACCGCUUCUGAGUCCCGCCCCGCAAUACAAUCCGGUGGAGGCGGCAGCGCAGACGAGGGUGAAUUCGGCCGCGCCGGCCGCCGCCAAUAGCCUGAUCGCCACCACCGGCAGCGGCCACCCCCAUUCGCACCCCCAACAGCAUCAUCGGCUGCAGCUCGCCGGUGGUGAGCAUGCGACGAUCUGCGUCGGUACCGCCGGCCCGGCGACCGUCGCCGCAGGCAUCAACCCCGUAGGCGGCGGCGUCGGCGAGGACAACGGCAGGCCGAACCUCUGCAGGAUUUGCGGCAAGUCGUACGCCAGGCCGAGCACCCUCAAAACUCACCUGCGCACCCACUCCGGCGAGAAGCCGUUCAGGUGUCACGCAUGCUCGAAGGCGUUCAGCCAGGCGGCGAACCUGACGGCGCACGCGAGGACGCACUCCGGCGAGAAGCCGUUCCGGUGUCCGGUGUGCGACCGGAGAUUCUCGCAGAGCAGCUCGGUCACCACGCAUAUGAGGACGCACUCGGGCGAACGACCUUAUAGGUGUCGGUUUUGCAAGAAGGCGUUCUCCGACAGCUCGACGCUUACCAAGCACCUGCGAAUUCACUCCGGUGAGAAACCGUACCAGUGUAAGCUGUGUCUGCUUAGAUUUAGUCAAAGCGGUAAUCUCAAUAGGCACAUGAGAGUCCACGGCAGCUCCCUGACGUGACACAGUCCGGCACCGGCGCUGGCACAGUCCGGCAGUGCGACGACGAUGAUCGGCGACAACUGCGGCGCGGCGCGUCACCUGCCCAGGUG